AUGAAACUGCGACUUAGGUCUCUUCUUACCAAUCAAACUCUGAAGCUGGAAGUUCCGGAGACAUGCAAUCUCCAACAGCUUAUAGGGAUUCUCUCUGAGUCCUUCUCUUCGCCUUCGCCAUCUCCUCCCCGUUUCUCGCUCAACCGGAAAGACGAGCUCCGUGGAUCUUCCCCGCUCAAUCCUUUACGUUCUUUAGGGAUUACCUCUGGCGAUCUGAUUUAUUUCUCUUUUGACGCAAACGAUUUCUCCCCAGUUCCAACAGAAACCCUAGGCGCCGGCUCCAGUUCGAGUUCCAUGGCCUCCUCACGAGGACAGUUGUCCGCCGAGGAAGGGUGUAAAAACCUACCGGCACCUUCUAAUUCGGGUAAUUUCCGAGCAUCUGAUGCCUUUGAUUCGAAGGGUAGUGCUUGUGAUGUGAAUUGUGGGCUUAGCUCUGAAAUUUCUAGGGAUUCUGGCCUGAUGGCUGUGAGUAAUACGGAAGGGGAAAGUUCGAAUGUUAAUUUCGGUGUAGAUGAACACAGGUCUAUAACUCUUGGCCAAAAAUCAUCUGGAACAGUGAAGUCAGAUGAAGAUGAUUGUAUGGAUAUUGAUGGGGCAUCGUCUGUAAAUGCUAUUGGGAUCAGCGACAGGUUUUCUCAGCCGUACUUCCUGCGGUGGGUGUUGAGGGCAGAACUGGGUGCUUGUGAUAGUAGUUAUCACAAGCUCCUGUUUGCAGCAGUUCACGCAGUUUUUCUGGAAUCGGGUUUUGUGGGCUACGAUUCAGUGUCUGGGAGUAGAAUGGAGCAGUUUCACUUUGAUAAGGACUGGCCUUCGAUGUGGUCUGCACUUUCAGUCUCGUAUACUCUCCCCCAACUUCAGGGAAAGGAGGUUAUAUCAAUCGCUUUGAAGUUCCGAACUUUGGGCAAUUUCUUGAAUGUCUUUGGUUCUUUGGUUACAAGUGGAGCAAAUACGUACCGCCUCUGCUUGAAUGGAAAGGAUUUGGUCCCGACUCUGCACCUGCUUUGGGCGAAUUCCCAGAAGAGGCAGACUGAUAGUGAUGGAUCUCUUGAGGCCAUGGAUUAUUCUCAUGAAAGCCAGGUCUUUAAGUUCUGGAAAGAUGUCAAAGAUGGGCUAUGUCUGCCAUUGUUGAUUGAUCUUUGUGGCAAGGCCGGUUUGCCUUUGCCAUCGUGUUUUCUGAGCCUCCCUACUGACCUUAAGCUCAGCAUUCUGAAGCUGCUUCCUGGAGUUGACGUUGCUAGGAUGGAAUGUGUUUCUCCGGAGAUGCGUUAUCUAUCAUCAAACAAUGAGCUUUGGAAGCAGAAGUUUGCAGAGGAGUUUGGAAGUGAGCAGCUUGCGACCUACCCGAUGAUCAAUUGGAAACAGAGGUUUGUUUCUGAACUGGAGUGGUGUAGGAAACGAAAAAGGGAGGAGGAAGAGAUGGCAGCUAUAAGGUGGGCUGUGCCUGGAAUUAGAAGGGAUCCUAAUCCGCUUGGGUAUCCUGCUGGUGGAAUAUUGGGUGGAGAUUACGACCGCAUACCUGGGCUGGGAAUCCCGCUUCCUUUCCCACGUGUUGGUCCUGGGCUGGGCAUGCCGCCAUUUUUCACACAGCACAUUGGUCCAGGUUUAUUCCAGGCUGGGCGAAGAACAUCUCGCAACGUGAGGACCAACUGUGAUUUUGGAGGGGGGUUCCGUCUCUAG